AAAUAUCAGCUUUUUUUAAAGCCUAAAAUAACGUCUCCACAGAAUAUAUCACCUGAGCUUGUCGAUCAGUGGCAAGGCACCGAUUUCCACUGGAAACAUUAAUUCAAAAUUGAAAAACAAUGUAAGGAAAAGCGCUAGCACCUUUCUAAGAAAGAGUAAACUACCGGCCCACAAUCUUCGAAAAACUCCGAACCGAGACCUAAAUAACCUUUGUCCGCUCAAAGUGUAAAAUAUUGGAUACUCUACACAGCCUCGUUUUGAUGCGAGGCUUUCACCUGUUCCCAGGUAACGGUUAGGUCAGACUGUGCCUGCCCCCAUGUAAAUUCCCUCCAAGAGGAAAGUUCUAGAAAUAUCAAGGAUGCGUGAAGUUAACGAAACAGAAAUACUACUUUUGAAACAUGUGUGCCACCAACAUGUAUAUCACUGAGUAAAGCCUUUGCACUGUCAGCAAAAACUAAAAACUAAGUGUUCAUGAAUUGUGGGCAGUCAUGGAGGAAAAACAUAAAGUCCUGCUCCAUGCGAAACGCAUGGAGAUUACAAGUGAUCUGCGGUUUAAGGACAUUCGGCGACGCCUAUUGGACAGCGGAAUCCUCAAUGGCGAGAACCUUGAUGAGAUUGAGAAUCAGCAAAGUCGUGAAGACCAAGCUAAAGCCUUGUUAGACAUUCUUCCUACCAGAGGACCGAAUGCAUUUGGUGUGUUUCGAGAUGCUCUGAAGCACCGUUAUCCGCAUUUAGCACGGAUAUUGAACGACGAAGGCCAACAGGGACCACCUGAAGCGCCCCGUGUAUUCAUCAUCCACGCAGGCGAAGACAAAGAAUCAGUUGUCCGCCCUUUGGUCGCCACGCUACAACAACAGGGGUUGGCGGAGAAGGACAUAUUUUUCGAUGACGUUUCCAUCAGACCAGGCGAAGUCAUUAGGGACAGAAUAAUUUCGACCUUAUCGAGUCAAAGUUUAGAACUUGCUGUCGUUGUCGUCAGCACAUCAUUCCUAAACAAACCCUACUGGCCUAAACUGGAAUACGAAACGUGUCUGAAAAACAACAAACGGAUAUUCCCAAUUUGGGUAGAUGCUAACGAGGACAAAUUCAAGGCCUUCAGUGAGUUAGUUGGGAAAUACUCUCCCACACUGAAACAGAUGAGUGCAAGACGUGUACAGAGAGAUGAUGUUACUGACGAGCUGACAAACAUCGCUGCAGAAGUCGUUCAGCGACUUUCUACAUUAAGAAGUGGCACGCCUCAGCCUGCAGCUAUCCAAACCCUUUUGUACUUGACACCCUCUCCAUCCUCGAGCGAUGCUGGAUCGUCAGAUGACGAAACCAGUAGCAAAGGCCAAGACACGCAAGCGACAGGCGCCAGUGACGAACAGCAGAUAGAAGAUAAACUCAAGGAUGAAAAGGCAAAGCAGCAGCUAGAACUGAUAAGACAAGUAGGAGAACAUAAUAUAGCACUAUUGAAGAAGGCAGAAGGUCUUCUGUCUAGAGAGAAGAUUGAACAAAAGACAGAGGAAAUGUUAGAUCACCUUUAUCAAUCAAGUUUGCAGAUCCUUAAGGUCAAAAUGGGAUGCGCCAUCAUCCACAUAGUCCCCCAAAGGCUACAUGCUUUGAAGAGAUUUUGGGGUGACUAUAAGACUGGGAAGCUGAGUAGCGGUUUCUCCGACUGUCUUGUCACUGAUGAGAUGCGAACACUUGCCGGCCAAGACUUGGCAAUACGGGUCAUCAUGCUGGAAGAGCAGUACCGACAGUGGUCUGAAUAUUUCAAAGCAGGAGACAUGACAGAGACCGUCCAGGAGUUUCAGAGUCUCACCAUGACACCUGCAGCUUCGCGGACGCCCACUGCUAUGAGCGCUACCACGUGGGAAAGCUAUGCGGAAGAGUAUCUAGCUGCCGACCCUGAACAGGUCAAACUACUGUUAGACAGUGCAUGGAGAGAUCCUGUAGUAGAACUCGUUGUAUUGAUCCCUUUCUUCUGGCCACAUAUUAUCACCUAUUGGUUAGAGAGAAACCAAGCAUUCCCCCGAACCCUCACAGAGCUCUUGCAGUAUUCUCUAUGCAAACAUUUUGCAAGACAAAUUGGUAUUGUUUCAGAACAACAAUGUGCCUCUUUUUCUGAAACAAUAGCUAAAUCCCUGAUAUUGUUAGGAUCAAAAGGGCUGGGCAGCAUUGUGGAAAGAAAUUGCAGAGAGAUAAAUCUUAGUGCAGAUGACAGAAAUAACCUUGACCGUGAAGUCUUUGGCCUGCUCAAACUGACUGAAACUAAAAUGUUCACCUUUGUUAACACGUUCCUACAUGACUACUGUGUAGCACUGCACAUAAAGAAUGCUGUAGACAGAAUGACAGCCACGGCUGUACUUCAGCAACUGGUACAGAAUGCAGGCAGGAUGCCACUUGUUUGUUUCUUCGUGAGUGGGCUUUUCAGUGACAGGGCUGGUGACUUUCUGUCAGCUUUGGUAAAUGAUGGCGAGUUUAGUAGCCCAUUUGAGAAGGUAGAGACUUGCUUGAUAGCACUGGCAGAGACAAAUCUUGUGCAUAGUUUGUAUCCGUGUAUUGAAUCUGUCUUUGGCGGAAACGUUUUAGAUGUUUCUUCAGAGAGUGUCCUCUCUUUGUUGUUCUCCUCAGCAGCUAUCAGAUUUAUCAAUCAGUCUCAUGUGGUUCAGUCUGUUCGCCUUUGUGAUCGAAGCAAACUGAAGGAACAGGAGUCAAAGAUUUUGAGCAAAUUGGAAGCUAAUCCAGAUGAAAAGUAUGUUUGGUUGUCCAGUGAUGUAUGGUCUGAUGUCUCUGACAGAAAGUUCAUUCUGUUACUCCUGCAGUGUAUUCCUCUGUUAUCUGCAGUGAAGAAAGCAGGAAGUCAAAGUGAAGAACCGAUUAUGUCUAAAAUCCCUCUACAAAGACUUAUCAUUGAAAUGUUUUUACAGGGCACAAUCAACGAUAAUCAGCUGUUUCAGCUGAUACAAGCUAUGAAGCAUAUGGUUUCUCUCACGGAUCUGGACCUGAGGAGGUGUAACCAUGUUCAUGAUGAUGUUGUCCACCACAUUUCUCCAAGUACAAAAUACUGCAGUACAUCCAAACUUACAACUAGUCCAGUAAUGAUGCUAAUGUCAAGCCUGCCCCGUCUUGCCCGAUUACAAGAUCUAGAAUUUGAUGAUUGUACUUUUCUAUCAGCUACUGAAGUCAGUAUCAUGUGUGACAGCAUUAAGGGCUCAUGGUCGUUGGUUAAGCUCCGUAUAACUGUGCUGCCGGCUGAUUGGAAUGAUAUGAUGGGUGCUGCAAUAGGAAAGCUCUUCCUCAGGCUACCUAAUCUAAAGGACCUUGUGAUUAGUAAUGGUUUUCGUGAAUCAGGCACAGCUCUUUCUCAUGCUGUGACGCACCUUGGUGCACUCAGAAAGUUACAAAAACUAGAAAUAAAUGUAAAAAUGUCAGAUGAUGAGGCAAAGGCACUCGCCGUCAGUCUUCAACAUUCAGAAUGUCUUGAGGAGUUUAAGUUGUUUAACUGUGGAAUAAACGACACAAGAUGCACUGCCAUAGCAGAGGCAUUUGUAAACAUGGGGUCACUGAAAACACUAAAUCUAUGUUUAAACCCAAUUUCUUUGUUUGGUGCAAAAUCAUUUGCAGCCCAUGUUGGUCAUCUGUCCUGUUUGGAAGACCUUGAUAUGAGUUGUAACAAGUUGCCAGAUGAUGCAUGUAUUGUGAUUACAGAGGCUUUUCACAAGAUGAGGUCAAUUAAACGUUUGCGCCUAGAUAGCAACAGCAUUUCUGUAUCUGGUGCAAAAUCAUUCGCAGCCCAUGUUGGUAAUCUGGUCUGUUUGGAAUACCUUGAUCUGAGUUUUAACAAAUUGUCAGAUGAUGGGGUCAUUGUGAUUACAGAGGCUUUUCACAAGUUGAGGUCAAUCAAACGUUUGCACCUAGGUGGCAACUACAUUUCUGUAUCUGGUGCAAAAUCAUUUGCAGCCCAUGUUGGUCAUCUGGUCUGUUUGGAAGACCUUCAUCUGAGUCUGAACAAAUUUUCAGAUGAUGGUGUCAUUUUGAUUGCAGAAGCUUUUCACAAGAUGAGGUCAAUCAAACGUUUGCGCCUAAGGUGGAACAAUAUUUCUAUAUCUGGUGCAAAAUCAUUUGCAGCCCAUGUUGGUCAUCUGGUCUGUUUGGAAGACCUUGAUCUGAGUACCAACAAGUUUUCAGAUGAUGGUGUCAUUUUGAUUGCAGAGGCUUUUCACAAGAUGAGGUCAGUGAGAUACAUCGAUCUGUCUUCCAAUGAUAUCUCUGAUAGAGGUGGUACAGUUCUGAUGGGGAAGAUAAGUUUCCUCACAAACUUACAUCGGAUAGACUUGCAUGGCAAUAGGAUGGCUGAUGCUGUUGCUCAGCUUGUAGUUGAUACUGUGAAGGGAAUGGGACGGCUAUGGGAUGUUGAUCUCAGCUACAAUUGCUUUAGUGAUGAGGGUGUUGAGAUACUGAAACAAUGUGAUCACAUUCGGUGUGAUUAUCAACAUCCAGAACGUUACUUACGCAGGCUAAAUCCACUAGAGAGAAGGACACUGUUUUAUAAGGGGACUGAGGGUCAGACAAGUAGAUUAUCCAAGCCCUUUGCACCACAUGGAGUAGAGAGCAGAUCUAAAGUGAUCAAAGGUAAACAUGAAUUCCAUACUGUAGAUCCUGAAGGAUCUAUGCAAGAAGAGGCUGAAGUAGCUGAGACAAGUCAGAGCACUAAAAGUUAAGUACAAAGACAACUGGAAUGGAGAAGGAUAUAAGUUACAAGUAUGAGUAACAUUGUUGACUGUGCAAAUACUUUCUGAACGAAUGUCCUCUUGUUUGUAUGAUGUACAUACUUUUGUAGGUAACUAUGUAUUGCAUCUGUAUGUAUAUGCAGCUCAUUUUGUGAUAUUCUUAUUAUACAAAUUUGUAAAUUAUACAUACAUAUUAUGUCAAUAGUAAAAUCAUGUUUAUAAAAACUGCCUUGUAGAUAUUGGAUUUCAAAUCACUGAUCAAGUAUAUUUUCAAUGGAAUGUCUAGUUUUCCUUUAGAAGAUUGAUGUUUUUAGGACAUCAAUGAACAACAAUGUCAAAUGGAAGUUUUUGAACAUAUAAUG